CUGCCCCGGCCUCCAGCCACCGCCUCCGGCCCGCAGGCGCGGAGAGGCCGCGCGCUGCCUCGCCACCAGGCUCCAGAAUGGCUGAAGACAACCCAUACGGGGGUGCUGGACAAAUCUUCCAUUUGAAUACUUUACCUCAUACAAUGUUUAAUACAGAAUUAUUCCCACCUGAGAUGUCACUGUCAACAGAUGGCCCAUACCUUCAAAUAUUAGAGCAACCUAAACAGAGAGGAUUUCGUUUCCGUUACGUGUGUGAGGGCCCCUCCCAUGGUGGACUUCCAGGUGCAUCUAGUGAGAAGAACAAGAAGUCCUAUCCCCAGGUCAAAAUUUGCAACUAUAUGGGACCUGCCAAGGUGAUUGUUCAGCUGGUCACAAAUGGAAAAAAUAUCCACCUGCACGCACACAGCCUGGUGGGGAAGCACUGUGAGGAUGGGAUCUGCACAGUAACAACCGGCCCCAAGGACAUGGUGGUGGGCUUUGCAAACCUGGGAAUCCUUCAUGUGACAAAGAAAAAAGUAUUUGAAACACUGGAGGCGCGAAUGACAGAUGCCUGUAUACGAGGCUACAAUCCUGGCCUGUUGGUGCAUCCUGAUCUGGCCUACCUGCAGGCGGAAGGAGGAGGAGACCGACAGCUCACAGAUGGGGAGAAGGAGCUUAUCCGCCAGGCCGCCCUCCAGCAGACCAAGGAGAUGGAUCUGAGCGUGGUGCGCCUCAUGUUCACAGCUUUCCUUCCUGACAGCACGGGGAGCUUCACUCGGCGCCUGGAACCGGUGAUCUCAGACGCCAUCUACGACAGCAAAGCCCCCAAUGCAUCCAAUUUGAAGAUUGUACGGAUGGACAGGACAGCCGGCUGUGUAACUGGAGGGGAAGAGAUCUAUCUGCUCUGUGACAAAGUCCAGAAAGAUGACAUCCAGAUUCGAUUUUACGAAGAGGAGGAAAACGGUGGAGUCUGGGAGGGGUUUGGAGAUUUUUCUCCCACAGAUGUUCAUAGACAAUUUGCUAUUGUUUUCAAAACUCCCAAGUAUAAGGAUGUGAACAUCACAAAACCAGCUUCUGUGUUUGUCCAACUCCGGAGAAAAUCAGACCUGGAAACCAGCGAACCCAAACCUUUUCUCUACUACCCUGAAAUCAAAGAUAAAGAGGAAGUGCAGAGGAAGCGGCAGAAGCUCAUGCCCAACUUUUCGGAUAGUUUCGGCGGAGGCAGUGCGGGAGCUGGAGGCAGAGGCAUGUUCGGGACCGGCGGUGGUGGAGGAGGGAGUACCGGAAGCCCGGGGCCAGGAUACGGCUUUCCACAUUACAGCUUCCCCACGUAUGGAGGGAUUACCUUCCACCCUGGGUCCACCAAAUCCAGCGCUGGGAUGAACCAUGGAACCAUAAACACUGAAUACAAAAGCAGACCGGGAGGUGAUGACAAGAGUGAGGACAGGGAGACUACACAAGACUCUGGGAAGGAAAGUGAAAUCUCAGAACAAGAUAAUGAAUCCAGAAGCAGCAAUGAUGGGGUUCGUUGGACCGCCUUGGUGAGAGCAAAGGAAGAGGAUACUGGUAGGUUUCAAGAUCACCUCUUCCUGGAAAAGGCGAUGCAGUUGGCAAAGCGACAUGCCAAUGCACUCUUCGACUACGCGGUGACAGGAGACGUGAAGAUGCUUCUAGCUGUCCAGCGCCAUCUCACGACGGUGCAGGAUGAGAAUGGGGACAGUGUCUUACAUUUAGCGAUUAUCCACCUUCAUGCCCAGCUUGUAAGGGAUCUGCUAACAGUCACAUCUGGCUUAGUUUCUGAUGACAUCAUCAACAUGAGAAAUGAUCUGUACCAGACGCCCUUGCACUUGGCAGUGAUCACUAAGCAGGAAGACGUGGUGGAGGACUUGCUGAGGGCCGGCGCCGACCUGAGCCUUCUGGACCGUCUGGGUAACUCUGUCUUGCACCUGGCUGCCAAAGAAGGACAUGAUCAAAUUCUCAAUGUCUUACUCAAGCACAAAAAGGCGGCGCCUCUUAUUGACCACCCCAAUGGGGAAGGUCUGAACGCCAUUCACAUAGCCGUGCUGAGCAACAGCCUGCCGUGUCUUCUGUUGCUGGUGGCCGCGGGAGCGGACGUCGACGCGCCGGAGCAGAAGGCUGGGCGCAGCGCCCUGCACCUGGCUGUGGAGCAGGACAACAUCUCCUUGGCGGGCUGCCUGCUCCUGGAGGGUGAUGCCCACGUGGACAGUACCACCUAUGACGGAACGACACCCCUGCACAUAGCAGCCGGGAGAGGGUCCACCAGGCUGGCGGCACUCCUCAAAGCAGCAGGAGCAGAUCCCCUAGUGGAGAACUUUGAGCCUCUCUAUGACCUUGAUGACCCUUGGGAGGAGGCUGGAGAGGAUGAGGGCGUCGUGCCUGGAACCACACCUCUAGACAUGGCUGCCAACAUGCAGGUCUUUGAGAUAUUAAAUGGAAAACCCUAUGAACCAGAGUUCACAUCUGAUGAUUUGCCACCACAAGGAGACAUGAAACAGCUGGCGGAAGAUGCAAAGCUGCAGCUCUACAAGCUGCUAGAAAUUCCUGAUCCAGACAAAAACUGGGCUACUCUGGCACAGAAGCUAGGGCUGGGGAUCCUUAACAAUGCCUUCAGGCUGAGCCCCGCUCCUUCAAAAACUCUGAUGGACAACUAUGAGGUCUCUGGGGGCACCGUCAGAGAGCUGCUGGAGGCCCUGCAACAGAUGGGCUACACCGAGGCCAUUGAUGUGAUCCAGGCAGCGUUCUGCACCUCGGGGACCCCAGUCUCCAGCCCCGUGAAGACCACCGCUGCGGCCCACCCACUGCCUCUCUCCCCUUGCUCUGCAAGGCAGCACAUAGAUGACCUCCAGGAUGACAGCAUCUGUGACAGCGGCGUGGAGACGUCCUUCCGCAAACUCAGCUUCACGGAAUCCCUGACCAGCGGCGGUGGCUCGUUGCUACCUCUGAACAAAAUGCCCCACGAAUACCGACAGGAAGGACCCAUCGAGGGCAAAAUUUAACCUGCUGGCCCUUCCCCCUCCCUGGUAAACCAAAGCCCUCAAGUGUCACUGUUGUCAUCCCAAAGAAGGAAGGGAAAGGGCAUCCGGAGGUGCUCGCCGGAAGCAGAAUGGCUGCCCGGAUCAUUCUGGAUUUCAUUCACCGCCUUCUCCACUUGGCUUCCUCCUGUGAAUUGUAGUGGGUUCGCAUCCAGAUAGGGUCUACCAAUCCCAGCCCGUGGCCCAGCUGCGGCCGCAUGGGGGUGAGGUCGCUUCUUGAGCUUGUCCAGCUGCUACGGGCUUCCAGCUGUGUUCUGUUGCUGCUGCUGACCCUCCUGCUCCUCCCACUGUCAUUCCCAGGUAUCCCGUCCCUCCUCGGUUCCCUCUCACCAUCCACGGUUCUCAGUUAUGCAUUCAGAAUAAGGACUUACAAAAGAGAGAGAGAAAGAGAGAAAUAGUUUAACAUGAAAGUCACUGGCAUUCAAUUAAAAAAAAAACACAAGGCUUAUUGCUUUUUCUAAUGUGCUUACUGCUGGGAUUUGAAAAACAUGGACUUAUUGGUAUUUAAACGUGGCUACAAUCAGUGCUGAAAAUGGCAUUUUCCCCCUUUUCUGCAUUUUUGCUAUUGUAAAUAUGUUUUUUUUUAGAUCAAAUACUUUAAGGGAAAAAUGUUGGAUUUAUAAAUGCUAUUUUUAUUUUACUUUUAUAAUAAAAAGAAAAGCAAAUUGUUGACCUCA